AUGGCUGACGAGGCAGACCGGCCUCUGCUAGCCACGCAGAUUGGCUCCGAAAGAGCCUCCGACGACCAGCUCAGGCCGUCAAAUCAAUUAUCAACAGACUCCUCCAAUAUUUUACAAGAUGAAGAUGACAUGACGGUGUAUAGCAGCGAGCAGAGACUAUCGCGACCUUCUUCUGGCGGGGCUCAGGGUAAUAAUACAUCCCAAGUCGCAGCUUCUGAAGGCGCUAGCCGACCUCUGCUGGAUGGACCGUCUAGCCCCCCUGAAUGGCCCACCGUGAGAACAUCUCUCGACGAGCCUAGGCCAUCAUAUGAAUUGUCAUCGGAAUCAACACCAUUAUUACACCGCCGUGAAGAUGAACUGAUCUACGGGACCCGACAAGGAUUGUCGCGAUCCUCUUCAUUCGCAUCACAGAACCCGCCCGAGGAUGCUGCAAUCAAGAGGCGGAGCCACGUACCGUGGCCGACGGUCAUCUCUCUCGCUCUUUUAACGCUCAGUGUUUUGACGAUACUUGUACUCGCCUUUGCUGCUCCGGCGGCGGUCAAAGAAUAUGCACAACAAGCUGCUAUCUUUAAACCGACGGCAGUAUCGAUUGAUUCUACGACAUCCGAGGGCGUUCGAGCCCGGGUUCAGGGCGACUUCGUGAUGGAUUCAGGUCGUGUGAAGACUAAAUCCGUUCGAGGUAUUGGUCGGUUGGCGACAUGGAUUGCCAGGGAAGUGGAGACGGGGCCAUCGAAUGUUGAAGUUUAUCUCCCAGAAUAUGGGAAUGUGCUUGUCGGAAUCGCAUCAUUGCCAUCUAUCAAAGUGAACAUUCGUAACGGUCACCAUACCCAUGUCGACUUCCUCACUGAUCUAGAGGCUGGUGACAUUCGAGGAAUCCACGCGAUAGCUAUUGAUUGGAUCGAGGGAAGACUAGGCCGCCUUAGUGUGAAGGGCAAGGCAACGAUGCAUCUCAAGUCAGGAUUGAUCACUUUAGGAACUCAGAUUUUGACGGAUUACAUUAUCAUUGAAGAACAUGACUUCCCUACUCUGCCAAAAAUUGAUAUCCUCAAGCUGAAUGUGCAUGAUGCAGACAGUGGUGCCAUGGCAGUAGAUGUCUUACUUUCGUCUGUGAUUGAUUCUCCCUUCGCUCUCACAGUUCCUGCCCUUGGAUUUGACAUUCUGGUGCCCAAUUGUUCGCCAGGAGAUCCUUAUAUUCUGGUGGCCGAUGCAAAGACAAGCGCAGUGGACGUUCACCCUGGCCAGGCAACUGCAGUCGGUGUUGAUGGUCUUAUCCAACAGCUACCCGGUGAAUUGACUUCUACCUGCCCAGGACAGGAUGGCUCUCCUCUAGAUCUUUUGGUUUCGAGCUUCAUGCAAGGUCUUGAAACGACUAUUUUUGUUCGUGGAUCUGAUGCACCAUCGCCCAAUACCCCGGCAUGGAUUGUUGAUUUGUUGCGCAGCGUGACUGUGCCUCUUCCAUUCACGGGACAUGCGUUGGGCAACCUCAUGAAGAACUUCACAAUGUCCGAUACUCAUUUUUCCCUUCCUAACCCUUUCGCGGAGCCAGAUUCUCCAGAAUCACAACCCACAGUGUCUGCUCUAGUGAAGGUCCUCAUUGCUUUGCCAGAGGAGAUGAAUUUUCAAGUAGAAGUCCCGCAAGUCCGUGCCCUUGCAGAUGUCUACUACAAGGAAGAGAAGUUUGGUGUGUUGAACAUCAGCCACUGGCAAGAUGCCAACUCCACAAUGGUGGAUGAUGAAGAUGGAUCAUCUGCACUCCUUGUUGAGUUUGCCAUAAAAGACGCACCAUUGCAAGUCACAGAUGACGGUCUUUUGGCAGAGGUCAUUCAAGCAAUGCUUUUCGGUAGCGAAACAGUCAUACUGCGGGUUGCUGCCACUGUAGACACAAAGGUCUCGACUGGUUUGGGCCGCUUCGCGGUACGAGGAAUUCCUGCGGAAGGGAAGGUACCCGUGAAGACUUCUCUCGGCAACUCACUUGACCAAAUCAAUCCACGCGUCGUCUCACUACAGAUUAAGAACACGACUGAAUCUUCGAUGUUAGUGUCUACACAAGCAAACUUUACCAAUCCAACGAAUUACUCGGCCACAGUCCCCUUGAUUGACCUUCUCAUACUCUACAAUGACACUUCUGUGGCCCACAUCACCGCUCAGAAUAUUUCUAUUCGGCCCGGCAACAACAGUUACGUGCCCAUCGACUUCUUUUGGUGCCCGUUGGACGCAGACGGAGUAGAUGGCGUCGAGGCAGGACGGGCGUUGCUUUCAUCCUAUAUAUCAGGUCAGUUCCUCCUCGAUGGAUCCAAUACAACAAUCACUAUCAAAAGCCACCGAAACACGAUUCCAUAUCUACCACACCUAGGCGAAGCAUUAUCAGUUCUAAACAUCACUGUUCCUGUCCCUCGCAUAUCAAUUCCGGGCUCACCAGACAACAAUGAUGAGGACAAAAAGCCUCAUUUUAUACAGGAUGCAACGUUCUACCUUUGGUCGUCCACAGCAGAAUUCACCCUCUCAUCCCCCCUUACCGAAAACAGUAUUUUGAUCACCUCAAUCGACGCAACGGCUUACUAUGAGAAAAAUGAGCCAAUUGGCCGAAUCAAUAACCGUAAACCCUUUGAAGUGCCGCCUGGUGUAUCCAAGAGCCCACGCCUGCCAGUCGAUCUGGACAUGGGCGGGGUUGGGUACGACGCCUUGCGGAAGGCACUCGGUCAGUCGUUGGAGAUGGAUGCUGCCGCUAAGGUCGGAGUGUUGAUAGGGAACUAUAUGGAUGUCAUUCUCUACCAUGGGAAGGGUAUUGCGGCUAAAGUAAGAAUCUAG